CAAAAUUUCAAGCUCCAACACAAAACAUCCCACCAACAUACCCUCUGCUCUCCAGCUCUCCACCCCACCACAAACCCCCAAAAUGGCCUCUCCAAAAGGACAAACAAUCGACCUCGCAACCCUAACGACAGCCCAACUCUCGCAAGUCAAGAAACAACUCGACGACGAGCUCGAGCACCUCACAAACUCCUUCACCCAGCUGCGCGCUGCACAAGCUAAGUUCCGCGAAUGCCUACGCUCGAUUGCUGGUGGUGUGACGCCGAAGAUUGAAGGGAAGCCGAUUCUAGUACCACUCACAACGUCGCUGUAUGUUCCUGGUACAUUAGCAGAUCCCGAGAACGUAAUAGUGGAUGUCGGGACUGGUUUUUAUGUUGAGAAGAGCACGAAAGAUGCAACGAAAUUCUAUGAAGCGAAGGUCGAGGAGCUGGGUUCAAACCUGAAGGAUCUGGAAGCCAUAGUGCAAGGAAAAUCGAAUAAUCUGAGGGUGGUGGAAGAUGUAUUGCGGCAGAAGGUCCUCAGUGCUUCAAGUGCGGCCUCUGCUUCUACUUCUACAUCAUGAAAAGGAUCUCGAACGAAAUGGUUGUUCAGUACAGUAACGAGCCCAUAUGCCGCAUGGCAAGUUGGAUGGAUGAGGAAGCUUUUCGGACAGACGGAAAGAAAAUCUUGAAGUACUCGACAUGUAUGAGAGAUACUGCAGAAGCAACAGAUCUCAGGGGGCAAUGAUGCUCGGAGAUUGGCUGACCUGGGAGAGCCAGGAAACUCAUAACCCCUCUCCAAAAGGGGAACUGAAGUCUGCGAAUAGAAAGAAAUGACAUGGCGUCAAUCAUUGAGUAAUGAUUACGCAUGAACCGCC